CCGGAAAGCUCUAUGAUGGCCUCUCGCUGCACUUCCUGUUGAUGUGUUUCCGGCGUCUAGUGCUGAGAUCAGCGCUGAGAGAAAAUGGUGCUGCUGGAGAGUGAGCAGUUUCUGACUGAACUGACGAGGUUAUUUCAAAAGUGCCGCACAUCAGGAAGUGUGUUCAUAACACUAAAGAAAUAUGAUGGCCGGACAAAACCAAUCCCCAGUAAGAGCCAUGCAGAGAGUUUUGAACCAGCUGAUAACAAAUGCCUUUUGAGAGCUACAGAUGGAAAAAAAAAAAUCAGCACAGUGGUCAGUUCUAAAGAAGUAAACAAGUUCCAGAUGGCGUAUUCCAAUUUACUGCGUGCAAAUAUGGAUGGACUGAAAAAGAAAGAUAAGAAAAGUAAAACGAAGAAGAGUAGUGCUGCUCAGUAACAGACUUGGACACUCUGUGUUAUUUAACUCUGUCUGGGAUUGUGGAAAACAUUUGGUGGCCAGAGAUGAUACACCUGGAUGCUUUUAUAUAAAGGCUCUUUCCUCAAGGUGCCCUGCUGCUGCCUUUUAAUUUUUAUUUUUUUUAUAAUUUGAAGACCUUGUCAUUGGGAAUACUGUACAGCUUUUCCAGUAUGGACAAGUUUUUUAUUUUUUUCCCCCCAAUGAAAUUGGUUACAACAUGAUUUGUGUGACCAGUACAAGGAUGACUGGAUUGCAUUAUUUAAAAUUCUUAUAGAUUAGUACAAUGGGGUAAAAGUAUUGUUUGUGCAGAUAACCAAACUGACUUAGUAUGUGCCAUUGUGGCCAGUGUAUAAACUGCCAUUCCAUCCUGUGGGUGAGAAUGACCGUUCAUACACUACAUCACAUGUGUGCUAUGGUGGUACGGUUAUCUGCAUAAUUCAUAGUGCAGUGGUUUGGCGAGGACUGCAACACACUGGUGAAAUUGGUAUUCAUCGCCACUGUAGAAGCCAGGGUGUUAUGUGCAAAGUUGCAUACAUGACGUGUCAGGACAUUAAAAUUCUUCUGGUCCUCUGCACUUGCCUUGUAUUAAAGUUGUAGAUGGAAAGGCUUGGUACACGAGACAGACUUGGUUAUUUUCUGCAAUUCCACACAAGCCAAACAAUAUAACUGCUCCGGAUAUGACGGAUCAAGUUGUUCGUUUUUUUGUUAAAGUAUUGUUUUAAUUUGAUAGAAUUGUUCACUUCCAAUGUUUGACCCAGAAAAAAUUUGCAUAUGAAAGAAUUAAAAGUGACCUUUACUCUUAAUGCUGUGUUUUGAGAAAAUAUAACUGUUUGGGGUCUGCCUUGUUUUAAA